CAUUGGGUAGCCGUAUCUAUGGUUACAGGUUUACGUUCGUUCAGGAAGCGGAAGCUCACGCUUACAGCAAUGCAGCGCGAGUGGCGCGCGUGCGGCCCGCGGCUGUGGCUCAGUCACGUGGACAAACAGGUGAAGGUAAAGACAAGGAGACAAGAGCACCGCGGACGGCUGCUGAGCGUGGACCCCGUGUCCGCCAGCCUAGUCCUGGUGAACUUGGUGGAGGGCGGAGCCGCCGUGUGCGUGGUCAUGGGUCACGCCGUGGAGGAGGUGGAGCUUCUGCAGGAGGCUGGCGGGGAGAUGACGGCUCAGCUCUGGGCCCUGUUUGAGCCCUCGCCCUCCAGCAGCCUGGACUCCACGCAGACGAGGAGGAGGAGGGCGGCGGUCUGCAGCUGGCUGAGGAAGAACCGCGUUCCAGUGGAGGAGGCGGGCGAGGAGGUGAGGGUUGCGGGGGCUCUAACCAUCGUGGCGCCGUACCGACCCGAGGACUGCAGCAGCUCCAACCAGGUGAUCCUGGACCGCGUCCAGAGGCUGCUUCGGACCCAGCAGGAGCGCACUGAGGCCUCGGACUGAACCCCCACCCAGAAGCAGAAGCCCCGCCCUACUGUGCAUUGCCAUGUGACCUUGUUUCAGAAUAAAAGCGUGCUAAUAUGAAUUCAAA